GGGUUUAGUUGGGUGAUCAGUUGUAAACGCAUUGUGUCCGCCGCUGUUAGCAGUUUGUUAAAGUUUCAGGGCGGCAGGAAGCUGAAAGCUGAGUUUAUAUUUACAGAAAUAAAACCCAGAAGGUUCUGAAGACGCCGCUCAGCGCGUGUGUUUGAUCUGAUGAGCGCGCAGGAAGGAGGAGUCAGAGCUGGCUGUGAAUGUUAGCUCCCGGGUUAGCUUGAUAGCUGUUCUGCGCUAACAAACACGCAGGAGGAAGAAAUGAACCAUAAAAGUAAGAAGAGGAUAAAAGAGGCGAAACGGAGUGCCAGGCCGGAGCUGAAGGAGUCGUUAGACUGGAUCAAACACGGUUAUCACGAGACGUUUGACGUGUCGCACCGCUCCGUGAAGGACAAUGUGGAGCGCGUGGACGCUCUGCGUCUCAGUCCAGAGGAGUUCAUCCAGCGCUUCGAGCGGCCCUACAAACCCGUGGUUCUGCUCAACUGCCAGGAGAGCUGGCCCGCCCGCGACAAGUGGACCCUGGAGCGCCUCAAGCGCAAAUACCGCAACCAGAAGUUCAAGUGCGGGGAGGACAACGACGGCUACUCUGUGAAGAUGAAGAUGAAGUACUACGUGGAGUACCUGGAGUCCACCAAGGACGACAGUCCGCUCUACAUCUUCGACAGCAGCUACGGCGAGCACGCCAAGCGCCGCAAGCUGCUGGAGGACUACGAAGUCCCCGUGUUCUUCAGAGACGACCUGUUCCAGUUCGCAGGAGAGAAACGCCGACCGCCUUACAGGUGGUUUGUGAUGGGUCCGGCCCGCUCUGGCACCGGGAUCCACAUCGACCCUCUGGGGACCAGCGCCUGGAACGCCCUGGUCCAGGGCCACAAGAGGUGGUGUCUGUUCCCCACCAACACGCCACGAGAGCUGAUCAAAGUGACCCGGGAGGACGGGGGGAACCAGCAGGACGAGGCUAUCACCUGGUUCAGCGUGGUCUACCCCCGGACCCAGCAGCCCACCUGGCCUCAGGAGUURAGACCUCUGGAGAUCCUGCAGAGACCUGGAGAGACCGUCUUUGUUCCAGGCGGCUGGUGGCACGUCGUUCUGAACUUGGACACAACGAUCGCCGUGACUCAGAACUUUGCCAGCUCCACAAACUUUCCCAUCGUCUGGCACAAGACGGUCCGAGGACGACCCAAACUGUCCAGGAAGUGGUACCGUGUUUUGAAGCAGGAACGUCCGGACCUGGCGGUUCUGGCUGACAAAGUGGACCUGCAGGAGUCCACCGGGAUCGCCUCGGACAGCUCCAGUGACUCUUCAUCCUCGUCUUCAUCCAGCUCGUCRGACUCCAACUCUGAUGCGGACUCGGGCUCUGAGGGCGAGGUGGCGUCUCACCGCAGGAAGAAGAGGCGGACCUGCGGGAUGACGGCGAACGGAGACUCCACCAGUCAGGACGACUGCGUCAGCAAGGAGCGCUGCUCGUCACGGUGACCUCCUGGACCCGGUCCUGGACCCGGUCCAGGACCUGGUCCUGGUCUGGACCCGCCUGGCUCUCUGUACAGGUCCAGGGCCCAGCGUAGAGGAGGAGGCUCCGCCUCUGGGGCGUGUCCUGCUGCAGACCUGCAUCACUGUGUUUGAGUGAACAGACAGGAAGUGCCCCGCCUCUACCUGUCAAUCAUUCUGUGUUGUUCAGGUGUUUGUCAGCAGGUGAAGGUGGUGCGUUCAGGUGGGCUCCGACAUCACACGCUCCUCACCUGCUGCUCUCUGACCUUAAAUACAAACUGUAAGAUUUCUCCUCUUCUCUGCUGGAAACUAAAGUUUCAGCUGCUCGAGCUGCAGAACCACAACCAACAACAACAAACAACAACAAACAAACAAUAACAAACAGCUGCAGGCUUAUUUUUCUAAAUGUUGUGGUUAAA